UUUCUGGCUCUUUUCUCCACCUCAGUCUUGGCAGCAGCGGCCGCAGCAGCAACAGCAGCAGCAGCAGCGGCAGGCAGCAGCCGGGCAGCCAGGCAGCGGGGGUUGAGGCACACAGGGAAGGUGCAGGGGCCUGAGGUGCAGCUCGAAUGGGACAGGGCCCCCAGCGCUGGACAGAUGCAGUGCCAAACUUGAUGCCACCUUCCAGCUUCUCCGGACUGAAGAGGGAAUGGAUGCGGCCACAGCUCCAAAGCAAGCCUGGCCCCCAUGGCCCCCACUCCUUUUCCUCCUCCUCCUAACUGGAGGGAGUGGUGGCAGCUGCCCUGCUGUGUGUGACUGCACCUCCCAGCCCCAGGCUGUGCUCUGUGGCCACAGGCAACUGGAGGCUGUACCUGGAGGACUCCCACUGGACACUGAGCUCCUGGACCUGAGCGGGAAUCGCCUGUGGGGACUCCAGCGGGGAAUGCUCUCCCGCCUGAGCCUGCUCCAGGAAUUGGAUCUCAGCUACAACCAGCUCUCCACCCUUGAGCCCGGGGCCUUCCAUGGCCUACAAAGCCUACUCACCCUGAGGCUGCAGGGCAAUCGGCUCAGAAUCAUGGGGCCUGGGGUCUUCUCAGGCCUCUCUGCCCUGACCCUGCUGGACCUCCGCCUCAACCAAAUUGUCCUCUUCCUAGAUGGAGCUUUUGGGGAGCUAGGCAGCCUCCAGAAGCUGGAGGUUGGGGACAACCACCUGGUAUUUGUGGCUCCAGGGGCCUUUGCAGGGCUGGCCAAGCUGAGCACCCUCACCCUGGAGCGCUGCAACCUCAGCACAGUGCCUGGCCUAGCCCUCGCCCGUCUCCCAGCACUAGUGGCCCUAAGGCUUCGAGAAUUGGAUAUUGGGAGGCUGCCAGCUGGGGCCCUGCGGGGGCUGGGGCAGCUCAAGGAGCUGGAGAUCCACCACUGGCCAUCUCUGGAGGCUCUGGACCCUGGGAGCCUCGUUGGGCUUAAUCUUAGCAGCCUGGCCAUCACCCGCUGCAAUCUGAGCUCGGUGCCCUUCCAAGCACUACACCACCUGAGCUUUCUCAGGGUCCUGGAUCUGUCUCAGAAUCCCAUCUCAGCCAUCCCAGCCCGAAGGCUCAGCCCCCUGGUGCGGCUCCAGGAGCUACGCCUGUCAGGGGCAUGCCUCACCUCCAUUGCUGCCCAUGCCUUCCAUGGCUUGACUGCCUUCCACCUCCUGGAUGUGGCAGAUAACGCCCUUCAGACACUAGAGGAAACAGCCUUCCCUUCCCCAGACAAACUGGUCACCCUGAGGCUAUCUGGCAACCCCCUAACCUGUGACUGCCGCCUCCUUUGGCUGCUCCGGCUCCGCCGCCGCCUGGACUUUGGCACUUCCCCGCCUGCCUGUGCUGGCCCCCAGCAUGUUCAGGGGAAGAGCCUGAGGGAGUUUUCAGACAUACUGCCUCCGGGGCACUUCACCUGCAAACCAGCCCUGAUCCGAAAGUCGGGGCCUCGAUGGGUCAUUGCAGAGGAGGGCGGGCAUGCAGUUUUCUCCUGCUCUGGAGAUGGAGACCCAGCCCCCACCGUCUCCUGGAUGAGGCCUCAUGGGGCUUGGCUGGGCAGGGCUGGGAGAGUAAGGGUCCUAGAGGAUGGGACACUGGAGAUCCGUUCAGUGCAGCUACGGGACAGAGGGGCCUAUGUCUGUGUGGUCAGCAAUGUUGCUGGGAAUGACUCCCUGAGGACCUGGCUGGAAGUCAUCCAGGUGGAACCACCAAACGGCACACUUUCUGACCCCAACAUCACCGUGCCAGGGAUCCCAGGGCCUUUUUUUCUGGAUAGCAGAGGUGUGGCCAUGGUGCUGGCAGUCGGCUUCCUCCCCUUCCUCACCUCAGUGACCCUCUGCUUUGGCCUGAUUGCCCUUUGGAGCAAGGGCAAAGGUCGGGUCAAACAUCACAUGACCUUUGACUUUGUGGCACCUCGGCCCUCUGGGGAUAGAAACUCUGGGGGUAACCGGGUCACUGCCAAGCUCUUCUGACCUUUCCUUCCCCAGUGGGGAACCCACCAAGUCCACUUCAGAUACCAAAGGGGAAGACAACCAAGGCUGCUUGAACCAGAACCUGGUCCUGAGCAGCACCGCUCUCCCGCACCUCCCGUCUGCGUUGUGCCAGCAACUAGCGAUGCCUCCUGCCAGAGAGUCUGCCUCCUGAGCUUUUCCAGUCUGAUGAUAGCAUUGUCAUUUCUUCUCUGAGGGUCCCAGGGAGCUGCAGAUACAGACCCCAUCGUUAGUCCAGCCCUCCCUUCGUCCCCUCCACACACAAAACAGGAAACAUAAAGCUCUAGUCAGCUAGUUUAACCACUAGGCUUUCUUCACACACGCCUAUAUCCUUUAAUAACCAAUUGCCAACCACAGCUAUAAGAUUAUUUCAGAGGUGGGGCUGGGAAGUGCCACUUGCUCCUUGGAGUCUCUGUUUGUCAACCUGGCAGAGUCCCUUUCUUUUCUGCUCCCCACCCCAACCCUGUCCCUAGGUACAGGAUUAAGAGCAAAGGACCCUCAAGCCACAGAGAAGAGGAUGGGGACAGAGUGUGGGAUGGGGAGGACAGACCACACACUGCACUGUGUUUGCAUGAGCCUCUACCACCUUCCUCUGUCUGCCAGAUCAUUAAACCUGCUGUCAAAGGGCCACAACAGUAGCAGCCAAAGCUAAA